AUGGCUUAUACCGAAAAAGUGUCGCUCAAUGGCACAGCGCUCUCAUUUUUAUUGUAUGAAUGUAUGAAUUCUGUGCACAGUCAGGAGGGCUUCCUCAUAGGUGAGGUAACUUCACAAAUAACUAAUCACAUAUCGGAUUCUCAAAAUGACAACGCACGAUUGGAUACUCAAAUACUGAUAAGAACUGUUUUGCCCUUACCUUCAGUGUCAUUAUUUUAUUUACCUACUGGGACGAUUAAAGAAGAUGUUAUAUCUGAUCUAUUGUCUAACGUAGCCACUGAAGUUGUCGGAUGGUAUAAAUAUAGAAAAAAUAGCAGUAUCAAACCAACAUUUAGAGAUAAAUUAAUAUCAAAAGGAUUACAAAAAUACUUUGAUAAGUAUCAUGGAAAAAAGACAUUCGUUUGUUGCAAUUUAUCAAGCAAAACAUCGUCAACAAAUUCCACACAUACGGUUAUAUAUAGAUUUGGUAAAAUUAACUGUUUUGAUAUGUAUGAAUAUGUUGAAGAUGUAACAGCAAAUUUAGGGGAAAAAUUAACAGGAUACAAAAAAGGCAAUAAAAUAUCCCCACAUUGCAUAUUCAAUAAGAUUGUUAAGGAGAGUAAUGUUCACACUAACAAUACAAAUGAUGCCAUAUUAUCUAUACAAGAAGCUGUUGAUAAAAGACUAAUAAAAGAAGCUAAAAUUGCAGCCAAAAAUGAAUGCACAAUCAGGGAACUUGAGGCUGAAAUUAAACAAAUGAGUGCAAUUUUAGCUGAAAAACAAGUUCAGGAUCUUGAAGCUGCAUAUAACAAAAUAGUUAAAGAAACAUAUGUUAACAGAGAUGUUGAGAUGGCACAGGCAUGUAUAGAAGCAUUAAAAACACCUACAACUGUUGACAUACUCAGUAUUCCGAAUGUAAUAAUAAAUACCAAUAGUAGUAAUAAUCCAGACAAUGAAAAUUAUGUUCAGCCUAUUGAAAAUACUAUUAAAGAUAGAAGUCCUAGCCCAAUAAUAAUGCCUUCAAGUUCUCAUAUGUUGCCAACAUUAAAUUAUGCAACUGCACUGAAAAAAAAAGUUGAAUCAGCUUCCUCAAGUAAAGCAAGUAAUUACAGUGAAGAUUUAAUAACAUUUGAUGUAGAAGAUCAAAUUCAUAAGAAAUCAAUACAAAUGAAUGAUAAUUUGAGUGCAGGCGGUAGCUCUCCUGAGUAU